AUGGAGCUCCCAACUAGACAAAUCUCUCUCUCUUUUCUUCUUGUCAUCUCCACUCUCUUAUUCUCAUCGGCUUCAAACUCAGACGAAUUCGUCCAGUGCCUAACCAAACUUUCCAAAGAGUCUGCCCCCACAGUCUCGAAGCUCAUUUUCACCCCAAAAAACUCCUCAUACAACGCAGCCUUACUAUACUCCAUCAACAAUCUCCGUUUCACCAGGCCAACUACCCCGAAGCCUCGAGUCAUCAUCACCCCCACCACCGAAUCUCAAGUCCAAUCCGUCAUCUACUGCGCCAAAAAGACUAAUCUCGAGAUCAGGAUUCGCAGUGGCGGACACAGCUUCGAAGGCCUUUCUUACGUUUCGUAUGUCCCGUUCGUCAUACUCGACUUACGCAACUUCAAUCAGGUCACGCCUGACCUCCGUAGCGCAACCGCUUGGGUUGGCGGAGGCGUCACGAACGGCGAACUCUAUUACAGAAUCUCUCAGGCCACGUCGGAUUACGGCUUUCCGUCUGGCCUGUGGGGAAACGUUGGAGUCGGGGGACUAAUCAGCGGAGGAGGAUACGGAAUGAUGAGGCGAAAAUACGGGCUCUCGGCUGAUCAAGUUAUCGAUGCGAAAUUAAUCGACGUGCAUGGGAAAAUUCUUGACAGGAAAGCAAUGGGAGAAGAUUUGUUCUGGGCGAUUCGGGGAAGCGGAGGGGGGAGUUUCGGUGUCGUCAUAGCCUGGAAAGUAAAUCUUGUUCGGGUCCCGAGGACCGUGACGGUUUUCAGAGUAUACAGAAGCCUGGCGCAGAACAUGACAAAUAUUUUCUAUAAAUGGCAAUCGGUGGCGCCUCGGUUUCCUAAAGAGCUCGAUAUCAGAUGUAACGGACAAAUAUUUUUGAGCGAGAAUAGUACGAGGCCUGACAAGAAGAUAAUGGUGAUGAAUUUCGAAUCGUUGUACCUCGGCCGAGUUGAUAGUCUUCUCAAGGUGAUGAAACAGCAGUUCCCUGAGCUGGGAUUGGUUAGAGAAGAUUGUUUCGAAGUUAGUUGGAUUCAAGCUAUGGUAUUUUUCACGAACUUGCCGCUUGAGACACCCCCAGAGGUGUUGCUUAAUAGAACUAUCCUCAACCGAAUCGAUUUUAAGGGCCGGUCCGAUUUCACUACAAAGCCGAUUCCUAUAAAAGGACUUGAAGGGAUAUGGGAUUUCAUGUUUCAGCUCCCGAAUGGAACCGCAUUUUUGCAGUUCACGCCGUUCGGGGGCCGAAUGAGUGAGAUACCGGAUACGGCAUUGCCGUUUCCGUAUCGAGCCGGGUACUUGUACAUGAUAAACUUAUAUGCAUUGACGGACGAGGAUGAAGCGAAUCGGCUACAAUGGGUGAGAAACAUUGAUGACUAUUUGGCUCCCUAUGUGACAAGUAACCCGAGAAGUGCUUAUGUGAAUUACGCCAAUCUUUGGAUGGGAACUAACAAUCCCAGAGGCAAAACGAGCUAUGCUCAAGCAAGCAAAUGGGGGAAACGUUACUUCAAGAAUAAUUUCGAUAGGCUGGUUCGAAUUAAAUCCAAGGCCGAUCCCGAUAACUUCUUUCGUCAUGAGCAGAGUAUCCCACCGAUUUCGCUAUCGCUUUGGUCCGAUAUGUAG